ACCUUUUAAUAAAGCGAAUAAGCUUUCCAUUUCAUUCCUCCUAUGAAAGUGACAUUUUCAAAAAGUGAUACGCAUCAUAUUUUGUGAAAUAAACUGCAAGAUAUCUUCAAAAAGUGAUUUUCAAAAGUGGAAUUAUAUGUUUACAAUAAUUGAUUAUAUUCAAAUAUCUGAAUAAUUAUAUAAAUAUUUAACAGGAUGUGUUAAUUAUUUUGAUGCAAUUUUGAACAAGAAAUGUUUAUAUACAGUGUAAUAUGCCCCUUUUAGUUUGCUAACGAAGAUAUCUUAAUGAAUUCACCAACACGAUAUUUAAAUUUAAUGUGGUUAUGUAUAUCACUGUCUCAAUUAAGGAGUGCACUUUUCUUCAUUAAUUACACGACAUUGCGAUAUCCGAAUGGGUUUGGCGUUUUACUCUGUCCUACUUUAUAGCUAAGACAUGGCCACUGAAAGCCAAAUCUAUGAAAACAUCGGAGAAUUUGAUGUUCGUUCGAUUUGCCGCUUGAAACGAAACUAAGGAGUGAAUACUGUAGAAGUUUGGCGUGGUGUUUGGAAAAGGUUCCGUUACACCCGAAGUUAUUGUUCUGGACGCUAACGGGAAUCAGAAGGAACUAGACGAAGUUGCUGUUGUUUUCAACUCAUACGUCACUUUAAUUUGCCGUACUGUUUCUAACGAACAUUCUUUAAGAUGGAUGUAUGCAUCUUCACAAAAUGAAGCAUUUACACCAUUGAAAGAAUCUGAACAUGUCAUAAUCUCUUCAGAGAAAAAUGAAGAAGUAUCAUUACAACUUAGCAAUGUCAGAUUUCAUAUGUCGGGUGUUUAUCAAUGUACAAAUGAACUCGCCAGUCGUCAGAUCAGUGUUCAUGUAUACGGAGUUUUAAGUAAAAUUAGCAGUACUGUCAAUUUGAUAAAGAAAUACGAGGUUGUUGGCUCUUAUCACCUGCAGAUUAAUGCAUUGAAUAUGACUCACCGUCCUGUUGUCGCGUGUGCAUUCCGAGUUGGACCAAAUGGUAUUAAGUACACUACUGUUCGUUGGAAAGGUGGCAGGUAUCAUUCUAAACCUAGUCUGUAUGAAGUUGCUGAAAGUCGAGACGAGAAGUCGGGUACAAUAUGGAGUAACUUAACUUUGCUACGGCCUUCUUAUGAUCAAGAAUUAUAUGGCAAGUACUAUUGUAUGUUCAAUGUAGUACCUGGUACAAUGGAGAUAGCCGAAGUGGAAAUAAACAUUCCACCAUUGAUACACAAAUAUGAACGUAGUGUAAAUCCGUAUUCUGGUGUAAAAUAUACUUUCUCAUGCGAUGUUGUUGCCUAUCCACCAAUUACUGAACCUAUUACAUGGGUUAGAAAUGAUGUUCCUAUAAUUAUACAAAGUAAUGGUCAAGCUUAUAUAGAGGAUUAUGACAGUGAAAAUCGUAUACACUUUGAAACUAAAAAUGUAUCCAACGAUCAAAUUGUAUUCGAUUCAAUACAACCAGACGAUAGAGCUGUUUAUUCAUGCUUUGUUCGUGGAGCACUUGGCAAUGAUACUGCAGCGUUUUAUUUACGAGUAAAAGAUCGUCGGGCUCCCCUAUGGCCUCUAAUUGGUAUAAUCUUGGAGGUAUCAAUUUUACUUAUAAUUAUUUUGAUAUAUGAAUUGAAACGUCGUGAGCGAGCUAAACGACGAGAUGCAAGCGAUAACCUAGUCGUUUCCAGUAAAACACCGAAUGCAAUGUAUGGCGUUGACGAAGCUAAUGAAGAUAUGUUAUUACGACAAAGAGGUGGCUAUCAAUAGACUGGAACCUUGUGCAGUUUUCAUUGUACCAUGUUUUUCUCUCUUUCUCACACACACACACACACACACUCUCUCUUGCAUACAAUCCUCCUUCCAGUUAUUAUUUGAUGCAUUUCUCAUGAUGUAAACAACUUUCACUCUUGAAUAAUAAUGAAGAAAUCAAACUUCAUGAUAUACCAAAAAUUGUUAUUUCUAGUCAUCAAUAUAAUAUCAUAUUAUUACACGCGUUGGUUAUUAUUAAGACGUUGUUACCUGAAAAUAAAUAAAUAAUGAGGCAUUUGUUCCUUGUGUAAUAUUUCUCCUCUCUCUCUCGCUCUCUGUCACCUUGGUAGCAUUUUCUUCAUCUGCCCGUUUUUUUUGUUUUGUUUUUUUACACAUGACAUAUACAUACUCACGUGCAUUUCUUAUGAUUUCACUCUUUCAUACACUCUCUCACAUACAGAUGUGUACCAUCCAUAUUCAUUCUUAAUUAUAAAUAUGUAAAAAAUACUGGUUAUUUAUAUAUAUUUAUUCUUAAU